AUGCUUUCUGUCGAUACUGCGCGACAACUCACCGACAUUUACACACGGCGAUUUUCAACAAAGAAUACUAUGAUGCGAUUAACUGGCGACACGAAGGAUGGGUUCGAAUUGGUUCUUCUUGACUGGCAGUCUGAUGGAUGGUAUCCCAGCUACUGGGAGUACUCCAGAGCCAUACAGGCUUGUGGGAAGUGGGACGACGAUUGGUGCUUACAUAUCAACAAGAUUUUCUCUCCGGAGAUUUACGCCAAUGAAUGGUCGUGGAUGCACAUGCUUUUGGUCGAGUUGUGGUCGUAA